CAUCCACCGCGCCGCAUCCGACCCUUCUUCCUCCUCCGCUCCGGCGGGAUGGCGCGAGCUCUCCUCCGAAUAACCACCCGCUGCUGCUCCCCUCUCUACGCCCCCUCCAGCCUACCUUCGCGUCUCCAGAGCCACGGCCUACCUCCCACCCUCCGCUUCCCCUCCCUCUCCUUCUCCGCCUCCGCCGCCUCCACCAGCUCGCAUGGCCCCAGCAGCGGCGACGGUGGCGGCAAGGAGGAGGAGGAUGACCAGGCAAAGUACGAAAACUACCUGGGGAUGAGCGACGACGAGCUCAUGGCGCAGUGCGACAUGGGCACGUUCAAGUCGUCGGGGCCCGGCGGCCAGCACCGCAACAAGCGCGAGUCCGCCGUCCGGCUCCGCCACCACCCCACAGGCAUCGUCGCCCAGGCUGUGGAGGAUAGGUCACAACAUAAGAACCGGUCAUCUGCUUUAUCUCGGCUCCGGAACUUGAUUGCUCUUAAAGUUAGGAGGCCGAUAAACCUCGACAGCUACACUCCUCCGGUUGAGCUUCUUCAGAUACUGCCCCUGAAGUCUACCAUUCGAUCAAAGGAUGUCGGCAACCAGAUUGGCCCAAAUAACAUUAAAUUUUCUCCAGGAAUGCAAGCUCUAUUAGAUCUUCUAUUUGCUGUUGAAGGUUCUGUAUCAGAGGCAGCAAAAAUUCUAGGCUUAAGCACUGGCGCUCUGUCACGGUUAAUUUUAUCAGAUGAUUCUCUGCGAGCGGCUGCAAAUGAACUGCGAGCUUCCAAGGGACUGAAGCCACUGAGAUGAGACCCUUUGUCAUGCUGUCAUCUUCAGCUGUGGCACAGGUGCCAAGGUGUUUAUUACUGAUGAUUUUAAUGGCAUGCCUUUGGAACUUAUACCCAAUUCUUGUGCAAGGAAUGCAAAUAUACUCAUCGUUACUGUCAACAGGGCUAUCGUGCCAGCUUGUUUGCCACCCAAAUUUGUGACCUUGUUGUGGUACGGUGCAAUUGUACUCUCAUGUAUUGCCAUUGCCGUAUAUUGCCUUGAACAAUUGGAGCUAU